UCUCUUCUCAUUUCUAUCAAACCUACCGCGCCGGUCCGCCUGCCUCCUACGUCACACGUGCUACGUGUUUUCCGUUUCGACAAGUUGCGCUUGACAGUCCGUGUGACCCGCUGACUGCUUGUUAGCUCGAAAAGAAGAAGCUUGAGUACGAAUAUCUGAAGGAGCAGCGACGACGUUUUGAAGCCGAAAUGGAGCUCAUUGAUUUGCAGUCUCGUCGCGACGAAGAGGAGAUCAGUCGCCUCUCUUCCGACAUCAAGUACGGCAAGCAUAGUCAACCGACUACCCCGCCUGAGUACGGCGAGACCACCGGCUUCCCGACUGCCCUCUCACGUCCGAACCGAUUCAGCAUGUCUAGCAUCACCCCAGGCAUGAGCACUCCCCGUGGUAGCCGCUCCGGCUCCCAGAUUACCUCUCCCCCAUCUGCUUCUCAGGGCAACGGCUAUCUCCCGUCCAAGUCCAUGCCGGGCUCCCGCCGCGGUUCUGACGAGGACGGCGACGACUUCGACAAUGACGACUUUACCCCGAUGAGCCCGGUCUUCCGCAACCACAACCGCAUGUCCAUGCCCGUUACCAACCUUGAUCUGCGCGGUCGCAACGAUCUCCCAGAUCUCGCUGCAGUUCUCGGAACUAUCAACACCGCUGCCUAUCUCUUUGGAGACGAGGAGAAGCAGAACCCCGACGCCUCUCCCGACGUGAAGUCCUACCUCCAGAUGAACACCACGGACGACAAGUUCCCCAUCCUGGUACGUCGUAAUGCCAACGGUAAUGGCAUGGAGUUGUCUGCCUCUUCUGCUGCACUUGAUCUUGCUCUUUCACAAUCGCCAGGUCCGGACGGCCAGUCCAAUGGUUGGCCUAGUUACCGCCACCGCCAAGCACAGCAGUCGCUCCCUACUAACACUUUUCGCAAGGGCUCCCAGGUUGACGAGUACGAGACUGGACAAGCCAACAACAACGUCGAGACCACCCCCACCAAGUCCAUGGGUGGCAAUCGCCGUUCCGUUGAGUUCAGCUUCAGCCCGAUGAACUCAGCUUCGAAGCGCUCUAGCUACCAUGCUAGCCCUUCCAACGGCAUGCCCAAGCUGCAGCAGUCGUACUCCACCAGUGAUGUUCCAACCCUGAAGAACGGCGACGGAGUGAACGGUGUCGGUGCCUCGGGGGUUAACUCUCACGCAGAGCAGCACCUCCAGAACCACAACGCUAGCCUGGGUCGUAUACCACCGAGCGCUCUCUCCAACCGCCACAGCCGAGAGCUGUCUACUGGCUACAAGGACCAGGAGUAUCGUCCAAUGCAGUCCGGACUUCAUGCUAGCGCCGCUCCCUUCGGCCCUUCCACCACCUCCGCAGCCCCAGUCAACGCUUCCGCUGCUUCCACCAUCGGCUCCCCGACUAUGUCGCAGUACUCCACCAGCACUGCUACUACCGCCCCGUACUACGGCUACGGCAUGUCUAUGCUGAAUGGUGCCAUGAGCGGCCUCUCUCUUGGCGGACCCCAGGUCGGCGCGCCUCCCCCAUACUACCCUAAUGGUGGCAUGUACUCCGGUGUUCCGCAGACCUUCAAUCCGUAUGCCACGUAUGGUCCGAAUGGUCGCGUCCAGGACAGCCAGGCUCGAGUCAUCCAGACCCGUCGUAUGCAGAACGAUGCCAACCGGUUUGUCAACUACGACCUGAAGACCAUGGCUCCCCAUGAGAUCUAUACCCUGUGCAAGGACCAGCAUGGCUGCCGCUUCCUCCAGAAGAAGCUUGAGGAACGCAAUACCGAGUACCUGCAGAUUAUCUUUGACGAGACUGCUCCGCACGUUGUCGAGCUGAUGACUGAUCCCUUCGGCAACUAUCUCUGCCAGAAGUUGCUUGAGUACACCAACGACGAGCAGCGCAACACACUCGUGCGCAACGCUGCUCCGUCUUUGGUCCAGAUCGCCCUCAACCAGCAUGGUACCCGUGCGCUCCAGAAGAUGAUCGAGUUCAUCUCUACCUCGGAGCAGAUCCAGAUGAUCAUCAAUGCCCUGGGCGGUCAGGUUGUCGAUCUUAUCCAGGACCUGAACGGCAACCACGUCAUCCAGAAGUGCUUGAACCACCUCAAGUCCGAGGACGCCCAGUUCAUCUUUGAUGCUGUCGGCAAGCACUGCAUCACCGUCGGCACGCACCGUCAUGGCUGCUGCGUUCUCCAGCGCUGCAUCGACCAUGCCUCCGGCUUCCAGAAGGUGCAGCUUGUUCGCCAGAUCACUGCUAAUAGCUUCCACCUGGUGCAGGACCCGUUCGGCAACUACGUCGUCCAGUACAUUCUCGACCUCAACGAUCCGAGCUUCACGACGCCGUUGUGUGUCGGCUUCCAAGGCAAGAUUUCUGAGCUGUCGAGGCAGAAGUUCAGCUCCAACGUUAUCGAGAAGUGCAUCCGUUGCGCUGAUGCAUCCACCAAGGCCCUCAUGAUCGAAGAGCUGAUGGACCCGAACGAGUUAGAGAAACUCAUGCGCGAUUCGUAUGGCAACUACGUCAUCCAGACUGCUCUUGAGUUCGCUCCGGCGGAUCUGUGCCUCCACCUCAUCGACAGCAUGCGCCCGAUCCUGCCAGCUAUCCGCCAGACUCCGUACGGUCGUCGCAUUCAGAGCAAGGUCCAAGAGCGUGAGUCUCGCCUGGCUGCCUACACUGGUCGUGCUUCUGGACACGUUUCCCCGCACAGCAUCUCCAACACCCAAUCCCCAGAGACGGCUACGGCGUUCACUGGUCAAGUUCCUGGAUCCUCUGGCUAUCCGGCCCCUCCUAUGUACACCGCCGCUGCCAACUAUGGCUCCAACAUCGCUUCGCCCCAGCCGCACCGCAUGAGCAAUCCGCCGCUUCCAAACCAUCUGCAGAACUCUGUACAAAACCAGACCUACCAGCAGUUCGGCCUUGCUCAGGCCAACGGCAUGGGCAACUUCUUCUAGGCGCUGAUGGUCUAUGACGACGUUACGACCUAACUAACGACUCACGGCCGCCCUCGCUCAAAUACGUUACCCGGGACAUCGCCAUCAAUACGCUUUAUCCUUACCAGUUGUCAAUCUGUCGAGCUGGUGUUGGUCGGCUAUUUCUCGAGGAGCGAUCUCUUUCAUAUCUUACGAUUUGCCAGCCAUGAGUUGAGACCGAUUUCUUUGAGCUGCUGCUCACCAUUUCAGUCAUAUCGAUCGUCGGUUGGCAAGCCGCUCUGUACAGUAUCCUUGCGACACG